AUGUCCUUCUCGCUGUACUAUGAGAAAUCAUCUCAAAAGACAUCCGCUGCUCCACGGACGAUUCAGCGCACUCCUCGUUUCACUCGCAUGGUCUUCCAGCCACUCCAAUUCAGACCGAUUCUUGAAAUUGCCAAGCAAGUUGUCUGCUCAGGACACGACGAGGACCUUAUGGCUGCAGUUUCUGAAGUUUUCUCGAACAUUAAAGAGGCGAGAGAGUUGGCCCUUCUGGGAAGCUACGAUAGUUCUCUGACAUAUUACACAGGAGCCUUGGCGCAGCUGAAGAAAAUAGUCUCUUCAAUCAAGGAAACAGGACGAAAGCAGCAAUGGCAGUUGGUACGUCAGGAAAUAUCAGAUGAACUCGAAAUUGUUAAAGAGGUCACCCAAACCCUGUCAAGUUUCAAGACGUUUGAGGACAAUUCCUUUGUAUCGGGCGCAUUUUCCGCAAGAGCCAACUUACGAACUCCGAUUGAGGAACCCACCCGUGAUCCUGAUGUGUGGCCACCUCCAACUCCUCUAGACCGUCGUCCUGUGGGUCCAAUCCAGGGCGCAUUCCCACCAUCCGGGAGCCCAGCAUACGGUCCGCCAGCCUACCGAUCUCCAGCUGGACAAGUUGGAGUCUCCUCUGUUGUGGGUGGAAAUAAUCGCAACGCCAUGGCCACUGGCUCUAAUUCAUCAGCCCGUCGGAACGCAAAGGAUCCUCAGGCCAGAGGGGCUGCCGUUCCGCGCUCAAAAGGAGCUGGUCCAGGAUCGGCCCCUACUCGACGUCCAAAAGGCGCAGCAACCGCAUCCAACGAUCCACCUGCUUCGGAAGAGCUCAAGUUCGACCCGAGUGGUUACGACAAGGAUUUGGUUGAAAUGCUUGAACGAGACAUUGUACAACGCAACCCAAAUGUCCGGUGGGAUGACAUAGCAGAGUUGGAGGAAGCCAAACGAUUGUUAAAAGAAGCUGUUGUCCUACCCAUGGUACUACCAAACUUCUUUAAAGGAAUUCGUCGUCCUUGGAAGGGCGUUCUUAUGGUUGGACCGCCAGGAACCGGGAAAACUUUGCUAGCCAAGGCUGUUGCGACUGAAUGUGGCACCACCUUCUUCAACGUUUCCAGUUCCAGUUUGACAAGCAAGUGGCGAGGAGAAUCGGAAAAGUUGGUGCGACUUUUAUUCGACAUGGCCAGAUUCUAUGCGCCGAGUACAAUAUUUAUGGACGAAAUCGACUCUAUUUGUUCCAGGCGUGGUGGUGAAUCCGAACACGAGGCUUCAAGACGCGUGAAGUCCGAACUGUUAGUUCAAAUGGAUGGUGUCACCGGAGCCACUGGACAACAGGAAGAUCCAACCAAGACGGUUAUGGUUUUGGCUGCGACCAACUUUCCCUGGGACAUCGAUGAGGCUCUCAGAAGACGAUUGGAGAAGCGCGUUUACAUACCUCUUCCUAGUGUCACUGGUCGUCGUGUAUUGCUGGACAUUAGUCUUAAAGAAGUUCCGCUGGCCGAAGAUGUCGAUCUGGAUAAGGUAGCCGAGUGUUUGGAUGGAUAUUCUGGUGCGGAUAUUACUAACGUGUGUCGGGAUGCUUCUAUGAUGUCAAUGCGCCGCGCGAUCGAGGGCUUGUCCGUUGAAGAGAUCAAAGGUUUGAAUACAGCCACUCUCAACCAACCUACCACAAUGGCCGAUCUGCAAGAAGCUAUCAGUCGCGUCUGCAAAUCAGUUUCUGCCUCUGAUGUCGAGCGCUAUGAGAAGUGGAUGGCUGAAUUUGGUGCCACCUCACCAAAUUUCAUUAUUCACCGAGACAACCAUGCCUCUGGCUGA